AUGAUUGACCAGAGACAGUACUUCAAGAAGCCGGCGUCAGAAUCAUCUAAUAGCGAUGGAGACACAGUCCUCGAAAACCGCGGGAAGCGAAAAGCUACCGUUUACGAUGCCGUAACAGGAAGGGUCACUCAAGCGGGUCUAAUUGGAAAUGUUAUGGAUGUCAAGAGUUCCAGGCAACCACUCCGCCCAGAUGAGGUUCUCUUCAAGCAAGCCAACGCACCAAUCCGGUAUGAAGAGACUGACUACUACUACGCUCACGCCAACCUGCCCGCGGACCAGCAGCUGCCUAGUGGCGAUCUCUUGACAGCAUUGCACGCCUAUAUCUCCAAGCUGUACUCGAGAACUGGAGAGCCUGGAACCCAGAAAGCAUGGAGAUGCAUGGACGAGACCGCGCUCAUCGCUUUUGGUAUCUUGAUGGAAGAGACGGCGAGAGAAGUCUUGGGUGAGACUGGUGACCUGGCAUUCACUGAAGCGGCUGAAGAAGAGGAGGAGGGACCAGCUCUCGCGGGAGAUGGGCAGGAUGGAGCGGAGGCGAGAGGGUCUUCGAAAGGUGCGAGAAAUAAAGAUGAGCGCGAGGAUCCAUGGUCAUCCUCUGAUGAUGGCUCGCAGUGCUGGCCAAGCGUGUACCUGUUGAGGAAGGGACAACUGGCGAGUACCUCAACCAACACCCAUGGACCUCUGCUGGACGCAUCUUCUCAUUUAUUAAACCUCCUCACGGCCCUCACUGCUCUAAAUCAUCAAAUCUUGCUGGCAACACACUUCUCGCUGCAUCCAAAAAACAUGGCACCAAAAACUCAGCCCAACCCUCAAAAGGCAGCGACAAUUCUUGCCUGGUUCCACAGAACUGCGCAGGCACAUAGUAUCAAAGAUCUAGAGAAGACAUUGCCACAGGUCUCUGGGGUCAGUGGCAUGCAAGUAAAGGACUACCUGCAGUCACUCUCAGACGACAGCAAGAUUCGCGUCGAGAAGAUUGGUAGCGGCAAUUGGUACUGGAGCUUCCCGAGCGACGAGAAGAAGUCCAAAGAGGCUGCACUCGAGAAGACACGGGAAGAGCACCGCAAGGCCGAUAGCAUGGCCAUGGAGCUUCAAGCAAAGGUAGAUGAGGCAGGAGCGGCACGCGGCGAGGGCGAGGAGAUGCUCAUAGAGACGGGCGGUGAUCGCAAGACGCUCAUUACGAAGCAUGCGGACUUGAUUAAGGAACUUGAGAAGCUUCGAGCCGAGCUAGCCGCCUAUAGCGAGCAAGAUCCUGUCGAGAUGGAGAAGAAGGCUGCUGAAACACAGCAGUCCCGGAUCGAUGCCGAGAAGUACUCUGACCAGAUCCUCACUAUGGAAGGUUGGCUCAAGGCACAGAUGGGUUGCGACAAGGAGGCGAUGAUGCCCAUGCUGAAGAUGCUCUACGAAGACGAGUUCGAUGAGGAGGAGCAGGGGCUGCGUGAGCUCUGA